AUAUAGACGCUGAUUCACAAAUAAAUUAACAUUAGUAGCAUUUCCUUUUGCACUUGGUCUAAUAGUUGAUGAUAGAUUAUCUAAACCUUCAACGUCAUCCCCGCGGUGGUAACUACUAACUGGAAAAAGAAGAUAAAAUAAUCAGAGAAAAAUGGCGGUGGCGAUUCAAUGUCUAUCGUGUGCUCGUUUCGUCACUGUCGGAGGAAACCGAUCCUAUCCACUACAACGAAAACCUCUUCUCUUCUCCGCCACUCUUUCUUCUCGCUCUCUGAACCUUCACUCCUCAAUUGUCACUGCCUCUUCCAAAAAGAAAACCAACAAGAAAAAAUCAUCUCAUGUUACCGAAGGGAACGAUGAAGAGGAAGACGCGUUUGAGUUGCUCUUCAAGCAACUCGAAGAAGAUCUCAAAAAUGACGAUGGCGGUGACGACGAUGACGAUGAUGAUAUAACUGAAGAAGAAAUGGCUUUAUUUGAACAUGAAUUAGAAGGUCUGUUAGGUGAAUUAGAUGAUGAUGAUGAUGAAUUGUCGGACUCAGAUAGCAGUGAAACAGAAGCUGAUAAUGAUGCUGAAAAAACUAGUGCUGAUGGAAAUGAGAAUUCACUGAAGCUUAGAACUUGGCAAUUGAAUAAAUUGGCUAGAGCCUUGAAAACUGGACGCCGCAAAAUAAGUGUAAAAGCCCUUGCUGCUGAUGUCUGUCUGGAUAGAUCUCUCGUUCUUAAUUUGCUCCGUAACCCUCCUCCGAAUCUUCUGAUGCUGAGCCUAUCGAUACCUGAUGAACCCACACCAUCAGCAAUAGUACCUGAAACUACACCCGGGGAGACUCUUUAUAAAGAAACAAGUGCAGACCAUGCAGAUCAUGCAGAAUCUGAGCCAAAGUCUGACUUACCUAUUCAUACCAUGCAACAGAAUUGGUCAUCUCGAAAGAGAUUGAAAAAGGCCCAACUUGACACUCUGGAGAGAGUUUACAUGAGAUCAAAGCGACCCACUAAUGCAAUGAUAAGCAGUAUCGUGCAUGUUACAAACAUUCCACGGAAAAAGGUUAUUAAGUGGUUCGAAGACAGACGUGCUGAGGAGGGAGUUCCAGAACGCCGUCUUCCUUACCAGCACUCUGCUCAUGAAACUGGUUGAAGAUUUUAGUUGUUUUUAAUGAUGCAAGCAAUGUGAGAAAUCUUAUAACUGUAUGGAAAAAAAAUGUUUCACCAGCCUUGGUUAGCCUUGAUAGUAAUUAUCGGUUUGGUUAUUACAGCGAUCAUCAAAACUAGGAUGUGAUCCAUUGAUACUAAUAGAGUACUACAUAAGUUAAUUUGUUAGUUUGUUAGCGACACGGUGUUCUACAGUCACUAUAAACAAGAGCUAUAAAUAAGAGCACUGAUUGUAUCCAA